AGGGCAGGGCCUGGGGAGAGCAGUAUUCCCUCUGAGGCUGGCAUCCUCUUGGGACCACACUGUCAAGUGUGUGCGGGGGACCUUUGUGCUUUUCAUUAGUCGCACCGGGGCCUCUCUGAUCUGCCCCUCCUUGUCCCUGUUCUGCCCAUUCAGGGCAGAGUGGAGGCUGCGGAGUCCGCUCACAGCCCUUCUUGUACCCUCCCUUAGCUGAUGCAGAGGCCCAUGGACCCUGGAACCUGGGUUCCUGUCCAUCCCCAGAUGGGAGGUAUGGAGCAUCCUGGGUGUGGGUGUAGACACCCAACAGAACCCAUCAUAAAGGAACCCCAUGGUGAGCCAGGUGCGUGGCACCCAGUAGAUCCCUAUCUGCUACAUGGGAAGGCUGCCAGCAGAGUGUGUGUUCUUCCAGGAAACCUGUUGGAGUGACUUUGAGCAUACCACGGGAUAUAUUCAGCCAGGACUUAUGCACCCACAGGUCCGCAGGUGGCUGGUGCCCCCCAUCCUCUCCUGCUUCCUCUACUUUCUCCUCUGGAUUCCUAAGGACCAGCCAUCCUGGCUCAGUGCUCUGGUCAAGUGCCUGCCUUUGCUCUGCCUGGUUGUGUUCCUGUGGGCUGUGGCCUCUGGCAGGAGCUAUACCCAGCUCCUUCAGGGGGCCCUUCUGUGUUCAGCUGUAGGAGAUGCCUGCCUCAUCUGGCCUGAAACCUUCCUUCAUGGCAUGGCCGCCUUCUCUGCUGCCCACUUGCUGUACAUCCGGGCUUUCGGCCUGUCCCCCCUGCAACCUGGCUUGCUGCUGUUCACCAUCCCGGCCUCUCUUAUGUACUACAGCCUCCUCCUGCAGCACCUUGAGCCAGACAUGGUCCUCCCUGUGGUGGCCUAUGGGUUGAUCCUGAAUGCCAUGCUGUGGCGCGCCCUUGCCUGGGGGCGUAGUGCCGGCUGGGGCGCUCUGCUCUUCAUGAUCUCUGAUGGUGUGCUGGCCUGGGACAUCUUUGUCCAGCCCUUGCCUUUUGCCCACCUGCUGGUCAUGACCACCUACUAUGCAGCCCAGCUCCUCAUUGCCCUGUCGGGCCUCAAGAGCCAUUGAUGGAGGAGCCAGUCCCCUCCCCCCACUCCUAUAGGACUUGGUUCUUCCACAUUCACCCAGCCUGGCAAGUCCUCACCUGGGAUGCUCCUGGUCAUGGGCCAUCUCAAGAUAUCUGUAUAGUGCGGACAGAAUUCAAGGUCACUGCUGAGACCAAGCUGCCUUCCCUGGGCUCUGAUUUUGAAUUCCUCAACCUAACCCUUGUCCUGUUCUCCCAGUCAGUCUGCUUCCUGUUCCCAGUCCGCUUCUCCAUCUACCCACCCCUUCCCAGUGCUCCAAAUCUGUUGUCUUAAGUAAAAUGAGUGUCAGAGCA